AACUGAAGUUUGCAACUUUGAGAAGACAGAGUCCCCCGAAGCAAAUAAUGUUAAACCUCGCGGGGACUAGGGAACAAAUAAAGAUGAAGAUUGCAGUAUAACUAAUUUGACCAAACAGACGUGUCAAAACAACGUGCGUACUUAUCCAUCAAUCCAGGGGGGUGCUUCUGAUCUUAGCCGUCCUCUAUAAAAACUCAGAGAUAAAGAAAAAAGAGGAAGGGACAAGAAAUGAGGGAAGAUGAUGGCGGCCCAGAAAAUUCAGGGUCGAAGCAAUCAGGGCCGCACGAUUGGCUGACCAACUUCCACCGUGAUCUGAUGGCCGGGGCGGUGAUGGGUGGGGUGGUGCACACGAUUGUGGCUCCGAUAGAGAGAGCCAAGCUGUUGCUGCAGACCCAAGAGAGCAAUAUGGCCAUUCUUGGGGGAGGAAGGACCAAAUUCAAGGGCAUGUUGGAUUGUAUAGCCCGUACGGUUAGAGAAGAAGGCAUCUUGUCUUUGUGGAGAGGCAAUGGCAGCAGUGUUCUUCGUUAUUACCCUUCUGUAGCUCUCAAUUUUUCCCUCAAGGAUCUUUAUAGAAACAUGUUAAGGAGCGGAAGCUUAGAUGGUCAUUUUUUGUCUGGUGCACCUGCCAAUUUCAUUGCUGGGGCUGCUGCUGGUUGUACAACAUUGAUUAUAAUAUACCCCCUUGAUAUUGCACAUACCCGCCUUGCUGCUGACAUUGGAAGAAAUGAAGCCCGUCAAUUUCGAGGGAUCUACCAUUUCCUGGUCACCAUUCGCCAGAAGGAUGGGACUCGAGGCAUUUACAGAGGUCUUCCUGCCUCGCUACAGGGGAUGGUCGUUCACCGAGGACUUUAUUUUGGUGGCUUUGAUACAAUGAAAGAGAUCUUAUCAGAAAAUUCGAAGAAACAUGAGCUGGAGUUGCCACUGUGGAAACGUUGGGUAGUGGCUCAGGCAGUCACGACCUCUGCUGGAUUGUUGUCAUAUCCACUGGAUACAGUUCGGAGGAGGAUGAUGAUGCAGUCUGGCUUGGAACAGCAGAUGUACAGUGGUACUCUGGACUGCUGGAAGAAGAUUUAUAGGAAAGAAGGGGUAGUUUCAUUUUAUCGUGGUGCAGUUUCUAACAUGGUUAGGAGUACUGGCGCAGCUGCCAUCUUGGUUUUAUACGACGAGGUCAAGAAGUUCAUGCAUUGGGGCGGAUUAUAACACGAAUAUCGUUGUGAUCUCUUCCCUGUCGCUUCAGCUUAACAGAAGGAUUAGAGUAGUGGAUACUAGAAUGAAGCAGUGGGAUUUACAGCAGGAAAAUCUUGUAAAAAUUAGCAGAUGAGUUUUGAUGGUGUAGUUUCGUAACAUGCUGUGGUGACAUUCUUUUUGCCGCUUUGCUUUUCGAGGCUCUGGCACUGAUUUUUACGUCAUGAAAUUAAAAUUUGACUUGGAAUAA